UUGGCCAGGUUACCCACAUCUGCCAUCAUUUCACUCGGGGACAAGCUUUAUUUCAAAAGUUCUGACUACUUAUAAGUUUUUGCACGCAGUUUCUGUGAGAAAAACCAAGGCUCGUUUCUAGGCAACAGGACCUGCAGGUUCACCUGGGACUCGGACUCACCUGGGACUCACCUGGGACUCACCUGUGCGCAGAUUCCCGAGGACAGGGGCGUGAGGAGCGGACAGACACCUGUGUGUUAGUCCAGCAGGUCCAGGCCUACUACAUGGACUACAUGGACAGUGGACCCAAGUACACCCCCAAGACGGAAAGGGACUGGGACUCCGGUGUGCAGUUCCUGCCGGCAGCAGACAACAGAGCGGUUGAGAAGACGAAACGUUCGAGGAAGAUUGGGGCUGUGAUCGGCGUCUUGAUCUUUAUCGCCGUCGUGGCCCUGAUGACCGGACUGCUGGUCUGGAACUUCCACUUCCGUAAAAAUGAGAAGACCAAGAAGAUGUACAGCGGCUCCAUGCGGAUCACCAACCAGGCGUUUGACAACGCCUACGAGAACUCCAGCUCCCCCGAGUUCAAGGCGCUGGCGUCGCAGGUGAUUCAACAGCUGAAACUGAUUUACUCCAAAAGUGCACCGCUGGCCAAAUACUAUGUGGGCUCCACGGUUCAGGCUUUCAGUGAAGGCAGCGUUAUUGCCUACUACCUGUCUGAGUUUCACGUACCUGCGGGCCAACAGGCAAACGUCGACAACGUUAUGUCUACGAUGGAGAAGCUGGUGGGCAAAGAGCAGCGUUCCGGGAAUAGACCCGGCAACGCCCUGGUCCUUGAAGACGUUGUGUCCUCAGCGCUUGAUGAACGCUUGUUGUCGUCAUCUUUCCAAAGAUUCCUGAGGUAUUCACAACACGCAAAGCCCAACUACAUCGGACACAUCGAGUCCCCCGGCUUCCCCAACAGCCCGUAUCCGCCCAACACCUUCAUCCAGUGGCAGCUGCGAGGAGACCCCGACCACGUCAUCAAGCUUCAGUUUGACGCGAUGAAUCUGGAGGAGAACUGCACGAACGACUUUGUCAAGAUCUACGACUCCCUGGUGGCCAUCGAGAGCCGCGCUAUGGAAGAGAUGUGUGGACGCUAUUCACCCAGCGAGCCGCUGACAUUUCUGUCCUCUCAAAAUGUCAUGCUGGUGACGAUGGCCACAAACGAAGAGAAGAACUACCCCGGUUUCAAAGCAGAAGUCUCUCAAAUCCGACGUGGAAGUAAAGAACUGAGCUGUGGUGGCCAGCUGUCGGGCGUAAAGGGCCGUUUCACAUCUCCCAACUUCCCAAACUACUACCCUCCCAAAAGUUCAUGUCAGUGGACGAUUGAGGUUCCUAAGGGUAAGGUGGUGAAGGUGACGUUCAAGAAGUUCCUCUUGGCAGAACCUGGCCAGAAAAAUCUUAAGGAAUGCAGCAAAGACUAUGUGGAGGUCAACAAGAAGAAACUUUGUGGAGAACAUCCUGGUGGAUCAUUAACUGAGACCAGCAAGACCAACAAAAUGACUGUGACGUUUCGCUCCGAUUCGUCAUACGUGGACAGAGGCUUCGAAGCCGAGUAUGAGGCCGUCGACGUCAAAGACCCUUGUCCGGAGAAGUUCCAGUGCAGAAACGAACGCUGCAUCAACGAAGCGCUCAAGUGUGACGGGUGGAAUGACUGUGGAGACAUGAGCGACGAGCUGAACUGCAAGUGCAAGAAGGAAAGCAUCAGCUGUAAAAACGGACUCUGCAAGCCCAAGUUCUGGCAGUGUGACGGCGUGGACGACUGCGGCGACGGCACCGAUGAGAAGAACUGCGGUGCGUGUAAAUCUGGAGAGAUGCGGUGCGCCAAUGGGAAGUGCAUGUCUGAGAAGAUGCGCUGCGACGGCUGGGACGACUGCGGCGACGGCUCGGAUGAGCUCAACUGCAACGCAGGAAGUACCGGCUCCCGUGUAACCUGCACCGACCUCACAUACAAAUGUAAAAACAAACAGUGCGUCAGUAAAGUGAACCCGGAGUGUGACGGGACUCAGGACUGCGAGGAUGGAUCUGACGAGGAAUCCUGCGACUGUGGGAGGAGCGCUUUCAAGACGUCGCGCAUCGUGGGUGGACAGGACGCAGAAGAGGGAGAGUUUCCCUGGCAGGUCAGCCUCCACGUCAAAUCUAACCACGUGUGCGGCGCGUCCAUCAUCAGCCCAAAGUGGAUCGUCACUGCUGCCCACUGCGUGCAAGAUGAUGGGAAAACGAGGUACUCGCAGCCGGGCACCUGGGAGGCGUACCUGGGUCUUCACGUCCAGGGACUGACGAAGAGCCAUGUGGUGAAGAGGAAGCUGAAACAGAUCAUCCCGCACCCUUAUUACAAUCAUUACACCUUCGACAACGACAUCGCCUUGAUGGAGCUGGACAGUCCCGUCACUUACUCGGACUACAUCGUGCCCAUCUGCCUGCCAUCCCCCCAACAUGUGUUUCCUAUGGGUGACACCGUGUGGAUCACAGGAUGGGGUGCCACACGAGAAGGAGGAUAUGCUGCAACAGUCCUCCAAAAGGCCCAGGUCCGAAUUAUAAAUCAAACGGUGUGCAACGACUUAAUGGCCGGAGCCAUCACAUCCCGGAUGUUGUGUGCGGGAGUGCUGCAGGGCGGAGUGGACGCCUGUCAGGGAGACUCCGGCGGUCCUCUGUCCUUUCCUGAUGGCAAACGGAGUUUCCUGGCAGGAGUGGUCAGUUGGGGCGACGGCUGCGCUCGCAGAAACAAACCCGGCAUCUACACGACGGUCACCAAGUUCCGUGGCUGGAUCACAGAAAAGACGGGCGCCUAAUCCGGAGUGUAAAGGUCAAACGAGGUCAAGGAUACGGACUUGAACUGGGACGGGUACCACAGUGCAGAUUUCUGCUCAAGUAUAACGCUGCUCAAACUGACUCCCUGUUGCAGCUGCAGUGGAGAAUGCACUGAUCUCUUCAACAGCAACACAAUUUUAGACCGACUGUGAUCUUUGUAAAAAUGGGGUGGAUUCAUUGUUUUUAAAUGUAAAUAAACAUUUUAUUUUGCAUAUUUUUAAUCAUGUCUUCAUGGAGAUUGUUAUACUCUAAAUAGUUUCCAUUUGUAAAUGUUACUUGUACACAUGGAUGAAAUGUACAUUGUUACUCUGUUUGUGUUUUAUGUGCUUCCCUCUACAGUUUUUCUUUUUUUUUUCCAUUCUGCUUUCUCUAUAAAUUAAAUUAAAUGAUGACAGUCUCGUUCCACCUUACCUCCUAUGGAUUGGUAUCUUAAAUCAAAGAAAAUCCCUAAAAAUUGAAUGAUGUGAUUUCUCAUACUUUGAAGAGCUGCCAUCAGAGAGAGAUGCCUUUAGCUUUUAUUUUUUUUCAUAAACAGUCGUCCCAAUUAAUUUAGGCUGUAUAUUCUGCCAGAUGUCUUUUGAAAUAAAAUAUUUUAAAUACCCUUAGAA